AUGGAUACUCAACAUCCUCAGUACCUCGAGCCCAGUGAAUUGGGGACCAAGGAGUAUUGGGAAACAUACUACGAACGCUCCCUGGAACACAUCGCAUCAAAGACAAAAACGAGAACGAAACCCGACAUCACCACCACCACCAGCAGCAACGAAGAAGAAGACGAAAAUGAAGAAGGAGAGGAAGAAGACGACGAUGACGACCCAGGCACAUCCUGGUUCUCCGAGCACGACGCCCCUCAAAAGGUUCUCCGAUACUUAACAUCGCGCAAAUUCCCGCUUGCGCCGAAAAAUCUUCGAAAACAAAGGGAGAAUAAAGAGCCCAGUAUAUUAGACUUGGGCACUGGGAAUGGAAGCAUGCUGGCUUUGUUACGGAAGCGUGGGGGGUUCAAGGGCGUUAUGGUGGGCGUUGAUUAUUCGGAGCAGAGUGUUAGGUUGGCGAGGGAGUUGCAGCGGUUGAGGUUGCAUAGUGCUUAUGAGUCUGGUGAUGAUUCGGAUGACUAUGACGACGAUGACGACGAUGAUGAUGAUGAUGAUGAGGAGGAGGAGGAGGAGGAGGAUGAAGAAGAAGAGGAUGUCGUUGUUGCGACUUCUACAGGUGACGACAGCGUACAACGCGAAGAAGGCAUACCACUCAAGAACCAAGACAUCCAAUUCGAGGAAUGGGACAUUCUCGAUCCUGCCAACGAGACGAUACUAAACAACAACAACGAUACAAAGAAACUAUCAUGGUUCCCAUACGAAACCCAAGGCUUCGACAUUGUCCUUGACAAAGGCACCUUUGACGCCAUCUCCUUAUCCGACGAAACCACUGGAUCAGCCAACACGCAUAUAUGUCAUCAAUACCCCAUCGUCGCAAGCAAACUCGUGCGUCCGGGCGGAUACCUGAUUGUGACGAGUUGUAACUGGACCGAGGACGAAUUGGUGCAUUGGUUCACCACCGAAUCGACAUCGACGGGGCUGGAGGUUUGGCACAGACUGGAGUAUCCGCGGUUCAGGUUUGGGGGUAUGGAAGGACAGGGUGUUUGUACGGUGUGCUUUAGGAGGAAAGUAUGA